GAAAUAGACAGGCGGGGUCCUUCCUUCAUGUCAAGAAAGAUGGCGGCGCCCGUGCUGGCUGUGAGGACCGGGAUUCUCUUUCGCUCUUUUAAAACCUUUACAACAUUAAAACCUUUUAUUCCUGUUAUACCACAAUAUGGAGUGUUAACACAUACGGCAAACUACCACGCCAAACCGCUGAAACUGAACCUCAAGGAUCCGUACAUCCCCGACAAGACCAGCGAGAAGACGCCCGAAUGGCAGCUUACGGAGAAGUUCGACCGCAAGCGGUAUGGCCGAUACGGGGACGCGUCGGGGAUUGACCCCGCGACACUGUGGCCGACCGAUGAGAAGCUGGAGGCGAUGAUUAAAGACGAGGCAGAGUGGCAUCCGACACUGGAGGUGAUGUUGAAGAAUAUCAGUCUACGGGAGGAAGAGGAAGCUGCUAAACGACGAGCAAAGGAGAAGCUCAUCGCGUCCAACAUGGCCAAGAUGCCCAAGAUGGUGGCUGAUUGGCGGCGCGAGCGAAGUGAGACGAAGAAGAAGAUGGCAGAGGAGAAAACGCGGAAAGACAAGCUGCUGGCCGAGGCCCGCGAGCGCUUCGGCUACGCCGUUGACCCGCGAAGCUCCAAGUUCCUGGAGAUGGUCGCCGAGGUGGAGAAGGAGCAGAAGAAAAAGAAGAAGCUUCUGAAACGCCGGCAGAAGGAGGAGCAGGCGGCCACGCCCCUAGCCCCCGCGGACGAGUGACGAGUGGGCAGACCUCCUGUUCCUGUACAUAAACUCACGGUUGUGUUUUGUAGGACGUACAUGCAAAAUACCCCCCUUCGGAUUUAAGACACUUGUGGUUCUAGAAGAUGAACUGAGGUCUGGACUGGACAUGAGCUAUGCUGGUGGGGAACACCAACUGGUCCACGUCAAGGAGAGCUCUGGCCCCGCCCGUCCAGAAGCAGGCUGGCCGUGCGUUCUGAGUUUUGAAAAAUAUACAUCCUUAUUGUUCUUUUCAAAUGUAAUGUUAAAAUAAUGAAUUAUGAAAAAUAAAUCCGUCAACCAUU